CUGUUCCCCCUCUCAGUCAGUCUCCGCCGCUGGGCUCUUCCUCCUCGUCUUCCUUCGCGGAGCCCCAGCCGGGCCAUGAGGAGCGAGGGCUCCCCGCCGCAGCUGCUGCCCCGAAGGAGAGCCCACCGCUAACGAGGGAAGCAGCGAGCCACCAGUCAGUGAGUGAGAGGGGCCUCAGGACCACGACGCCCGCCCUCCCUCCGCCGCCGCCGCCAUGCCGGCCAAGAGGAAGCUGGUGCCGCCGGCCCUCAACAUCACCCCGACCAUCGCCGAGGGACCCGGCCCCGCAGGAGGAGAGGCCGGCCCAGGCGGAACAGGAGGCCCCGCCGACGGACCCCAAGCACAUCUUGUUGACCUCCAGAAGAAACUGGAAGAACUGGAGUUGGAUGAGCAGCAGAAGAAGCGGUUGGAGGCUUUCCUCACACAAAAGGCCAAAGUGGGAGAGCUGAAAGAUGAUGAUUUUGAGAGGAUUUCAGAGCUCGGAGCCGGCAAUGGCGGAGUGGUCACCAAAGUACAACACAAACCCUCAGGGCUAAUCAUGGCACGGAAGCUGAUUCACUUGGAGAUCAAACCUGCCAUCCGGAACCAGAUCAUCCGUGAGCUGCAAGUGCUUCAUGAGUGCAAUUCACCGUACAUUGUGGGUUUCUAUGGCGCCUUCUAUAGUGAUGGGGAGAUCAGCAUCUGUAUGGAGCAUAUGGAUGGAGGCUCCCUAGAUCAAGUACUGAAGGAAGCCAAGAGAAUUCCUGAGGAAAUCUUGGGGAAGGUCAGCAUCGCGGUUCUGCGAGGGUUGGCUUACUUGCGAGAGAAGCAUCAGAUCAUGCACAGAGAUGUGAAGCCUUCUAAUAUAUUGGUGAAUUCCCGAGGAGAGAUUAAACUUUGUGAUUUUGGGGUCAGCGGUCAGCUCAUUGACUCCAUGGCAAAUUCCUUUGUGGGCACUCGGUCCUAUAUGUCUCCCGAGCGCCUACAAGGCACUCACUACUCGGUUCAGUCUGAUAUCUGGAGCAUGGGCCUUUCCUUGGUGGAGCUGUCGAUCGGAAGGUACCCCAUCCCCCCGCCAGAUGCCAAGGAGCUGGAGGUGAUCUUUGGCCGCCCCAUGGUCGAUGGGGCAGAAGGGGAACCCCACAGCAUCUCGCCACGGCCCAGGCCCCCAGGCCGGCCUGUUAGCGGCCAUGGGAUGGAUAGCCGCCCCGCGAUGGCCAUCUUUGAAUUGCUGGACUACAUUGUUAAUGAGCCACCCCAAAGCUGCCGACUGGGGUUUUCACUCAAGACUUCCAUGAGUUUGUACUUAAUUAAAAACCCUGCUGAACGGGCGGAUCUAAAGAUGCUGAUGAAUCACACCUUUAUCAAACGCUCCGAGGUGGAAGAGGUGGACUUCGCAGGCUGGCUGUGUAAGACGCUGCGGCUGAACCAGCCCAGCACGCCCACCCGUACUGCUAUGUGACCGCCGCCGCCAAGCGCAAACUGCCUUGUUCUUCUUCCCCAUACACACUUUCUUCGUGCACCUGCUUGUCUGCUGUCGUUUGCUGCCCUUCAACAGAAGAAAAAAAGGACUGCCUUUCUUGGCCGGCCCCUCCUCGCUGUGCUCCGGAAAGGCAAAGCGCCCUUCGUUUGGAAACCGCCCAGUCAUCCAGCAGCAAGAGCAAGAACUAGCUUUUCUCUGUGAUGCUCCUCUUUCGUCAUUCGGUUUCAUUUCUCUUCCGGCAGCCGAGCGCGGCUUGGAGUUUCUGACUUGGGGUGGGGCAGGGGUGAUUUUGCUGCUUUAGGUUUGUGUCAUCAUUAUGGGGUAGGCGGGGGGGGGGUGGAAGGCUGCUGGCACAAGCUGAUUACACCGUCCUUCCUUCUGGGUGGACCUGAGAAUGGGUUGGAGGAGUCAACAUGAAGCAGAGACCUCACUGUGUCUGGGGAUCGUGGCAGAGGUGGGCAGGUGCCCAGGUCAGAGGGCAUCGUGGCUUCAUCUGAGUUGAUGCCGAAGUGGAAGAUGUCCAACAGCCAGUCAGAGUGAUGUGGGAGGAGAUAACAAGAGUGGCAUAAGAUUAAGGAAGGCUGAGUUUAGGCCUGUAGCUGCUGUAAACCCCCUUCCUGUGCUGCUUCCUCUUAACCCCCCAUUUCCUCCUGGCCUUUUUCUCUUUGGUUUCUCACAAGGAAGUUAUCUUUAGUUCUGCCUGUCCUCUGUGGGUUGCAGUGGGUGAUGAGGGGAUGCUCUUUCAGGGUGAAAUUGCCUCUCUGUACACACAGUUUCUCUCUCUCUCUCUCUCACACACACACACACACACACACACACACAGAGAGAGCUGGGCAUUAGUGGUGAGGUUGCCAGCCCAGCUUUUUAAAUGUUUGAACUUGCAUUCGCACACUCCUCCCUCCUUAAGGUAUGACCUUUUUUUGAGGCCUUCUCCUGUGAAGCCUUGACUUGCUCAAUGAAUUGCAGCCUGAACAGAGCUCUGCGAUUCCAAAAUGGUGCAUGCCACUCGUUCAUUAACUAAAGAGGGGACAAAAUUGGUUGUCUGCUGAAGACAUUGCUUCAGUGUGGGAAGGAGAGGUAGUGUAGGCAACAGCCACAUAAGAGCUGUUGCCUACUGUUCUGCAGUCCCUCUCAAGAGUGGUGCUCGCCACCAGCUAAAGCCCACCUGCACCCUGUCACAUCCCCCCCCCUCUCUCUCUGAUGUUUGGCCAAGAUGUGCCAUCCUUCAGGCAUGGGGACUGUGCCUGAACAAGAGCAUCUCAUUCCCUUGGUGAGCUUUGCGAUGCUGCUGUCUCUCCCUUUGUCCCAAGAGGACAUGAUGUAAGGCUGAUGUUUUGGCUCUGCACCUGAUGCUCUUCUGGGGCUUCUUUUUUGUGUGUGCGUGCUCAGGUUCUCAAGAGCUAGGAAAGGCAAGCCUCUGGGGUGACUGAAACAGGAGAGCAUUUGGGCCGCUCUUUUUGAGAACCACCUCUGGCUCAUUUCUUUGCUCAUCCUCAAACCCACCUGGUUCCAUCUCUAAGCUGUCCUAUCUCCACAUCAGCCAUUGCAAGCUUAGCCUGCUUCAUCCUUCCUUUCUAACAAGUUAAACUUUUAUUUCCUUACCUUUGACAUAAUUGGUUUUCAAAGCAGUUGGCUUUUAGCAACCAUGGGGGGGUAAACACACACCAUCUGACCAUUAAAAACAUACAAUUUAAAAGAGUCAAGGACAGUAGGAUAAAGCACAUUUAAUUCCAGUUAAAAAAAAAGAAGGGGGGGAGCCACAACGGGUUUCCAAGCCAUUCUGUUUGCAAGUGGCCAGAAUAGGGUUGUUGGUGAGAGGGGUGUUGAGUUGCCAGCCAUUUUAUCCUCCUUGGCAGUUGCCACCUCCAGGGCCAAAGUACUGAUGGAGGCUGCUUUUUGAACCAAACAGCCCCAGUUCAACUUACAAACGCUCACUAGUGAACAGACUGAGCGACAGCCAUUUCUAACUGGAAGCGUCUUUGGAAUUGGUAGCUCUCAAUGAGAAUUUGCUGCCGUUCCUCCUUCCUCUGUCCUGCUUGGAAAUAUGCUUGAGGGGCUCCUGCUGCUUUCAGGAAAUGCUGCUCCAGCUCCCAAACACCAAGAGGGGCUUACCUGGUCCAGCCUCCCAGUGAUGCCUUUUAGUGGUCAAUGGAGCCCUUGGGGGGUCAUUGGCUGUAACUGUUUGGCCAACAUGGAUACUGAGCUCUCCAUUGCAAGGAAAGCCCCAGUUGUGUGGCAAAGUGUGGCCAUAUUCUUACCUCUGGGAGUUGGGUGCCCUUAACGAAAGCUCUCAGCCUGGCUGCUGGGAACUUUCUCCUGCCUCCCAUGCAACCCUCUCUCACUGGCCACAAAAUCCUGUGGAGUGCCUUGCCAGAUGUUUCAAAGGUUUGGGAAGCUCCCUUCAGCCUGCCUUCCUUGGCGGUUUGACCUUAAUCCCUGGGACGGGUGCAGAAUAGACGAGGUUGGAUUGUGAAUGGCAGUGACUGAAUGUCUUUUAGCUUGCACAGACUGGGAUGCCUGGAGCAGAGUUGGGGGGGGGAAGCCUUUUGGGCUGUUCGUUUUCAUUCUCUGGUCCCCCUCUUAGGAAAUCUCCCAACAAGGAAGAAAGAUUCAUUCUUUAGUUCCUCGGCCUGGCUUUACAAUCUGCAACCUUGCUUUAUUCUUUUUCUUUAAAGAUCUACUAACAUCUCUUAGCCAGAAGCCAACUGAGGGUCAAAAGUGACCAAGGAUAGCUCUCCUUGAGGCUUGAUCCCUUGCCUCAGUCAUCCUCUCUUCUUCUUUUCUUUGGGGAGGCAAAAUGCUCCACUCCUUUGCAGAUCCCAGGCUGGGGAUGAUGGCAUUUCUGACCCAGCAACAAAAAUGUGGGUAAACCCAUGAGCUUCACACCACCUUCUGCUUGCUUCCUUUCUCCUUCGACUGCUUGUGCCUCUCCUUGGUCUUAAACUAGGGGUGAAAUAAACUGGCCCUUGUGCCUCUUAUGGGGUGGGUUAUGUGGGGAAAGGACCACUGAUGGCGGAAGAAUGGGGAACCUUUCGGGGGAGGAAGAGGGAUCAGGUUCCCUCCCAUUGGUCCAGUUUAUGCUGCUGAUUGUCGUUCCGAUAUACUGGGUUUGUCAGAAGAAAAUAAAAUGUAUCCGUGCGCUCUUUCCUUUUUCUUUUUUAAGAUACUGUAAGAGAUCCAGCCAUUGAUGGGAGUGGGAGGACAAGCAUUGGAAGGUCUCGAUUUUUAACCUAGAGUUACCGAUUUGGCAUGUUUUCUAGAGGGAUCCAACCGGAUUACUGUCCUUCCUUUAUGGAGUCAAAAGAGGGAAGGCAACAGAGGAGUUGUUGGGGGGGGGGGGUUUGUUUUGCGGGAGGUUUGCCUACCGUUCAAGCAUCUAGGAAAUAAGUGAGGAGGUUUUCCUGACCCUCUUCCUGAGCCCUUUGCAAAUCUGUAUGUUGUAAACUGAGAGGAGAAAAGUGAUCCUUACACGCCUUGCAGCAUUCAAUAUCUAGAAACCCUUUCUUGGUUCUGUUGUACAUUGCACAGUCUGGUUUUGCAACAGUGACUUAAAAUUUUCUCAUUCUGUCUCUCUUUUUCUCUCUCUUUCCAUCUCCCCUCCAGCACAACUGUAGUUUAUCAAAUAGGGUAACUCUUUGCAAUUUGAAUGUAUAAUAAUAUUCAGUGUUUUUGAGGGUUUUCUUUUUUAAGUUGUCAAUUAACCCAUGGGAUUGCGUGAUCUAAUUUGCUGUACUUCUUUCCUUUGACAUGGCGCAUCUAUGAACAGUGAGGCUUUUGCAGGUGUGUGCGUGUGCGCGUGCGUGCGUGUAUGUGCGGGAGGGCAACGUAUUUUAUGUUUCUUUGCCUCUAUUUAAAUUUUUAAAAGAAAAUAUUUAGUAUGAUGUUCUACUGUUAAGAGGGUUUUCUCUCUCUUUUUUGGGAUAUGUUUGCUCUUUUUUUGGCUUUGGUUAUUUUGGGGAGUGUUUCAGGAGAAUGUGUUGAGCAUUUUGACAGUGCAAUUUCUUUCUGGCUUUUUUUUUUUUUUAGAAACUCAAUAUUUUCAUCACGGGGAGAUAAAAUAAAUGGCACUUUACAUUAAAA